CACGAAUAUUAUAGAUUUUCAGUUAGUGAAUGUCGGAAUGCAGCAUGAUUGGCUGUCUAAUAGUGUAUUUUCUGAAGCCCCUAUAAUUUCCCUAGUCAAUAACCUAUUAUAUGACAUUGUUGUCAGAAUAUUUUUUAUCAGCUCCCCACGUUUUUGAGAUACUUAUACUGUCAAAGAUGGUUCUCAUUUAUACUGUGUUUUUAAUGUAGCAAAAUUGAGUGAAAUGCAGUAAUAAGGAAUAGGUUUUGUACUUUUUUUGUUGUGAAAAGUUUCCAUGAUUAAAGCCAAUCGUACACUAAAAAUUAUAUGAUAUACAAAUAAAAAGUGUCGUCUGCUAGAAUCUUGUUUCAUGCCCGUGAAAUAAGUGAAAAAUAUAUUUAUUACAUGCAUGUGUUGUUUCUUUGCUGUCGCGAAGAUCAUUAUGGAAUACACUUAACCUAACUUGAUAUUGUUCAAUUUAACCUCAUUGCAAUUUAAUCUUGUUUGAUUUAUAUCGUAUAACCUGAAAGGACGUUUGAAAGCAUAAAUGUCACUACCUGCUAACGCUCGACAACAAAAUUUAAUUUUGAAACAAUUUUAAUAGUUAUACUUAAUUACGUGUACUUUGCCCACAAAGAUAAAAAAUAAAAAAUGGAAUCUACUUCUAGCAAAGAUGAACAGAAUAAUCAGGAAGAUUCUGAUUCUUCAGAAAUGGAUGAAAUAGAACCUAGAUUAAAAUAUGUGAGAAUACGUAACGAUCUUGAAUAUAUUUUGCAAAAUGAUGCGGCUAGCUGUAUUGCUGUACAUCCAAAGUUUCUCUGUCUAGGAUCACAUUGGGGAAUGAUCCAUCUUUUAGAUCAUCAAGGGAAUAAUGUAAAAUCAAAAACGCUACAGGUACAUACAGUGGCAGUAAAUCAGAUAUCUAUAGAUAACAAUGGAGAUUUUAUUGCCUCCUGCAGCGAUGAUGGAAAAGUUUUCAUUUAUGGAUUGUACAGUACAGAAAAUAAUCAUAAUAUGAGCAUGGGUAGGCUAGUCAAGAGCAUAGCAAUUGAUCCGAAUUACAAGAAUGGUAGUGGCAGAAGAUUUAUUACAGGCGAUGACAAACUAGUGCUUUAUGAGAAGACUUUUCUUGCCAGAAUGAAGCCAACAGUACUUUGUGAAGCAGAGGGUGGAGUUAGAUCUGUUGCAUGGUCUGGUCGCUUUGUGGCAUGGGCUUCUGAUACUGGUGUGAGAGUUUAUGAUCUCGAUGCUAGAUGUUCUUUGGGACUCAUCAAAUGGUCUUGCACUGCAGAGACAUCACCAGAACACUAUCGGUGUAAUUUGCAGUGGUCAGAUGAUAAGACAUUAUUGAUUGGAUGGGUAGAUAUUGUACGUAUUUGUCAUAUUAGGAAACGUACCAUGCAAGAAAUGGUCAAUCGAGAUUUGCCCGAGUUUGUAGUGGAUCCAGUGUCAACAUUCCAAGUAGAUUUUUAUAUAUCUGGUAUAGCACCAUUGAAAAAUCAACUGGUAUUGUUAGGAUGCUUAAAGGAAUUGGAUGAAGAUGGAAAGAAUCAACGACCAACUUUGCAUGUAGUUGAACCGAAAUAUCAGGAUUUUUCGGUGGUGUGUGCAAAUUCGCUCACCUUACGUGGCUAUAAGGAAUAUAGUUGCAAUGAUUAUCAUUUGGAUUGUUUAAAAGAAGAAAACAGAUUUUUCAUUGUAAGUCCAAAAGACAUCGUGGUAGCUAGUUUGUAUGAUACAGAUGAUAGAAUCGAAUGGUUAUUGAGUCAUAGAAAGUUUGAGCAAGCUCUAGAAGCUGUAACGAUGAACAAUGGCAAGGAUUGCAAAAGGCAUACCGUAUUAGAUAUAGGACGUAUUUAUUUGGAUCACUUACUAGCAUGUGAAAAGUACGAUGAAGCUGGAAAACUUUGCCUCAAAAUUUUAGGACGAGAUAAAAAAUUGUGGGAGGAAGAGGUGUAUAAAUUUGCUAGAGUGCAUCAACUACGUUCAAUUUCGUCCUACUUGCCUAGAGGUGAUGUUAUUCUUGAUCCAUUAAUUUAUGAAAUGGUCCUAUAUGAAUAUUUAAAGAUGGAUCCUGAUGGUUUCCUUCAACUGGUCAAGGAAUGGUCUCCGGAUUUAUAUACAGUGGCAGCAGUAGUUAAUGGAGUAUUGGAACAUUUGCUAGUUCACAAUCAACGACAGAAUGUAUUAUUAGAAGCAUUAGCUAUUUUAUAUAUCCACGAUGGCAAAUACGACAAAGCACUUGCUAUGUACUUGAAGUUGCGGCACAAGGAUGUCUUCCAAUUAAUUCAGAAAUAUCAGUUAUAUAAUUCAGUAUAUGACAUGAUUGAAGGUCUGAUGGAUCUGGAUACAGAACGUGCUAUACAAUUUUUUUUGGAGAAGGAUAGAGUACCGUCUGAUGUGGUUGUACAAAAACUGCAACAUAAUCAUCGUUAUUUAUAUUUGUAUUUAGAUACUUUAGAUAAAAGAGACACGAAAGAUUCAAAGGGCAAGUAUCAUGGUCUACUGGUGCGAUUGUAUGCUGAUUAUUCAAGAGAUAAAUUAUUACCACUUUUACGUCGCUCUGAUAAUUAUCCGAUACAACAGGCUCUGGAUAUUUGUAGUCAACGACGGUUUUAUCCGGAAAUGGUAUAUCUAUUGGGUAGAAUCGGAAAUACAUCAGAAGCAUUGGCACUCAUGACGAGAGAACUCAACGAUAUGGAAAGUGCAAUUGCAUUUUGUCAGGAACACAACGAUGAAGAAUUGUGGAAUGAUUUAGUUAAUUAUUCACUUGAUAAACCUGCGGCUAUUACGUUUCUACUUCAAAAAAUUGGUACUUAUGUUGAUCCUCGGCUCAUGGUACAAAGGAUAGAACCUACUUUAGAAAUUCCAGGCUUAAAGAAAGCGUUAGUCAAAAUGAUGUGUGACUACAAUCUACAAAUAUCCGUGCAGGAAGGUUGCAAAAAAAUAUUAUCUAACGAUUAUUUUAAUUUACAUGAGCGACUUGUUCAUUGUCAUCAAAAGGGCAUAUUUAUUGAUGAUGAUCAGAUGUGUGGAGCUUGCCAUAGAAAAAUAAUUGUAAGAGAGCCGCGGAACGUGGUUGUAUUUUAUUGUAAACAUUGUUUUCAUGAGGAUUGUCUACCUAAUUUUGAAUUGAUUGAGAAUUGUGUGAUAUGUAACUCACAAAAAGAGAUGAUACUUGGCAGAAAAUGAUAAAAAGAUAAAGUUGUAUUUCAGGUGACAUGUGCAAUAUCUAAAGCUUUAAAUGGACUAGUAUCAUAUUAUCAUGGUGUGAUGCUGAAAUUAUAUUGCACUAAUGUAUAAAUUUUUAUAUAAUAAAUAGUUUAAAAUUGUUUAUAAAAUAGAUUUUAAUUAAAAGUAAUGUAAAAAAAUUUAAUUUAUUUCGAUAUUGUAUAAUGCGAGUAAAGAACUCAUAAAAUUUCUCACUUUUGAUGUUAUAAUUUAAUACAAUAGUGAGGAAAUUAGCAUCAAAAAGGAUUUUUAUGCACGAAUUAAAAGUCCUUGUGAUCUCAUUGUUUGAUAAAAAUAAUGACAUUGCGUUUUAUUUAUAAAUUAUGCAUAUUUUAAUUUUAGAUAUAACAGUUUUUUGUGAACUAUAGCAUAAAGAUUUUUGUAAAAAAAGUAAAAUUAAUAAAAGAAAAUUUUACAUGGCUUAA